AUGGUUCAUUACAAACUCCAUUACUUUGAUUUGUAUGGCCGAGCCGAACCAAUUCGCAUGAUGUUCCAUUUGGCUGAACAAACAUUCGAAGAUAGACGAUUCAGUUUUGCUGAAUGGCCAGAGAUUAAGAAAAAUGAAACUCCGUCACUUUUCCUUUUUGGUCAAGGCCCAAUUCUAGAGGUGGAUGACAAGAAAAUCGCUCAAUCUCUCGCCAUUUAUCGCUUUGUGGCAAACACUUUUGGUUUUACAGGUUUUGCCGGGAAUUCUCUUAUGGAUCGAGCCCAAAUGGACAUGAUUGUUGAUUAUUAUACGGAUUAUUUGACAAAAAUUGCCGAUUGGUAUGUGGUGAAAGCGGGCUACAAGCCGGGUGAUGAGGAAGAACUCCGAAAAACCCUUCUUGAUCCAAAUCGGAAGAUUUUCUUCGAGAAUCUUCAAGGAUUCAUCGAAAAAGAAGGCACUGGAUAUAUCGUCGGAGACAAAGUUUCUUACGCCGAUUUGACUCUCCUCAAUCACAUCGAUAUUUUCACGAGAAAUUACGAUGAAUAUCUUCACGGAUAUCCUGUGAUGCAAGACUACGUGUCCCGUCUGCGAAAUCUCCCGCUACUCCGCGAGUAUUUGGCCGAAAGACCCGAUCGACCAAGA